CUGAAUGUGUAUAAAAGGUUUGUGAAAUUUGUGUAAGACAGAGUCUUUUGUACCAAGGUACAGGCUCUCCUUUUUCUGCAGAAUAAAGCAUUUUUCCUUAUCCCUGUCAGGCUGUUAAUUGGCUCUCAGCUAGGCAGACCCGAUAUUUCGGUAACAGUUUCUGGCAACUCCAGACGGGACUCUCCUAGCUCGGACAUUGGACUCCAGACAGCUGCGGCGAACAAGGAGCGGCGCCACUGGGGUGCUUAACCCCUCUUCCUCACUUCUCCGCGGCUCCUGGGGUUCGUGCUCCGAUAAGAUCUUAUGAACUGGCAAAACACUACGCCUCGCCUUAGAGACGACCCGGACGUCGUUCACAGGCGAUUCCAUGCCAUUUUUCAAUCUCAUAAUCCUGAUUGGCAGGACGUGGGCCAACUUUUAGAUUGCCUACUGCGCACAGAGGAGAAGGAGCGGGUCCUAAGGGGGGCCAGAGAGGCUGCGGAGGCUGCCGGUGAUGGACGCGAUAUUAUAGCUCUUACUAACCCUACUCAAUGGAACCCGAAUGAUUCAGCCCACCAGGCAAACUUAAAAAAAUUCCUAACCCAUAUUUUGACAGGUAUAAAACAAGCAGGAAAAAGAACGCUAGAUUGGUCAAAAGUCCAUAAUACUGUGCAAGGGAAAGAAGAAAACCCCUCCGACUUUUAUGAGAGACUUUGUAAAGCAUUUUGUACUUUUACUAAUAUAGACCCCAAGGCUGCGAAUACACAGUCCAUGGUCAGGCUUAUUUUUAUCUCACAGUCAGCUCCGAAUAUUAAGAAGCGGUUGCAGCAGCUCGAGGGGGCUGAGAGAAAAUCUCUGGAAGAACUGGAUCAGCUCCCCCAGCUAUGUGCCACAUUAACCCAGGCUGCCGAGGACCCAAUUCUGCCUGAACGACUCAGCCUACGUCCACACUAUAGCUUUAAAUCGAUAUUAUGUGGACCUGGCCUCAGACAAGAGGUACACGCCUCCCUGUGGGGCACUUCAAAAACAGACCUUGGAACCCUCCAGACGGAGCCUGUAUGA